AUGUCCAAAAGAGGUAUGGCAUACUUUUUAGGGGACUCUGAUCCUCUGACCAAUCAUGUCCUUCCAAUCAAUGCAAUGCAAUACUCGUCAUAUUCCGGCCAGUUGUUUAGUGGAGGAAGAGACGGCACAGUUAAAAUAUGGCAGCCAACCGAACGAAUAGACACGGCCAUUAACUCCCCCAACCCAUUUGUAUUCAACGAACAACAUUUUGAGACCAGUCAAUCGUCACUUUCCAACGGUGGGGGCAACAGUGGAGGCAACGGCCCCCAAGCAGCCACGCAGAACGAUAUGAGCGAAAGCAUACUCAAACUAGAAACAAGCAUCAGUUCCAACCCUUUGUGCUACGAAGAUACCAAGUACUCCGGGUACACCAUAAACCAAAGCUUUGAUUUACAUUUUGAUUGGAUCAAUGACUUGAAACUCAUCAACAACGAUAGAGAUUUGGUGACGUGUUCCUCUGAUCUUUCUAUCAAGAUGGUCAACUUGCACUCUGCCAAUGUAGAAGAAGGUGCUGGGCUAGUGCAUCGGUUCCCCAGUAUCCACACAGACUACAUCAAGAAGCUUUCGGUGUUCAAGUUUGAAAACUCCAUAGUGAGUGGUGGAUUGGAUGGGAAGGCCGUAGUGUGGGACUUGAACGCUUUAAAACCUAUAAACAGCCUUAUUUCCGAGGAAGAGACCUCUGGAGUGCCCAAUUCAAUCUAUGCUUUGGCCAAUAACGACACCAACAUCAUCACUACGGGAGGCUCUAGUAACAUCAUCAACUUGUACGACAAAAGAGUCAAAGGGGGGAAAUUUAUGGGGAAAUUAAUAGGUCAUCAGGAUCAAAUUAGAUGCUUGCUUAUGAAUGACCGGUUUGUGUUGUCUGGUUCAUCAGAUACUUCCAUUAAGCUUUGGGAUCUUAGAAACUGGAAGGUCUAUAAGAACUUUGAAAUGCACAAUGAUCCUGUUUGGUGUUUGACCAAUGGAGUAGAUUCUUCUCCGGGUCUAUUGAACCAAGCAGCCAGUCACGAUGACUUCCGAGUGUUUUAUUCUGGUGAUAGAGCAGGCAACAUUAUCAAGACCGACAUGAGUCAUUUCUCCGAUUUUGAUAUUGAUGAUUAUGAAGAAGAUGCACUUUUCAAUCGGACGUUAGACCAGAAAUUAGGAGUGGCUACUUUAGUUGCUAAGUCCAAUUCUCCUAUUAUCUCUUUAUGUGUGGAAUCAAAUGUUAGAUCAUCAAAUGGUUCAUCGGAAGAGCCAACUAUCUUCAGUUCAAACUACACCACUUUGGAUCGAUACAGAGUCCCAGAUGUUAAUGAGAUUUCCAAGUACCAAUACUUGAGAACAACCAUGGACCUUUUCACCAUGGACGGACUACUAGAUGUUGACGAAGCCGAGGCUUCUAUUGCAGACCAACAAUCUGAUUUCUACGACAUUGUGAGUCAUUUAUCUAUGGAUACCAAUACUUUAGACAUCCAACUGUCAUUGUCUGGAGUUACCAACAACAACAAUACUAAUGCUGGUACUACGACUGGCCCACCAUUCCCAGUGCCUGUUGUUGAUACCGACAUCAAGUAUACCUCCAUGUUCUAUAACAUCGACACCGGUGGACCCUCAUGGGAAUUUGUCAAUGCUUAUAAGGAAUGUUUGGAAGAGAAUGAGGGUCAGAAUAUUCAGCAGCAGCAGCAACAGCAAAUUCAAACAAGUGAUAGCACGGCAACGAUUGAUAGAACACCGGUGGAAAUCCUAUUAAACCCGUUGCCACCGGACCAGGUCUCACUUAUACCCUUCAACAUUCGUGCCAUGAACCAAUUCCCCAUAAUCAAUAAGCCAAUGAUAGCGAAAAGAAUGCUCAACAAUAAAAGGCACAUUCUUACCAUGCUGAUGGACGGAGUAAUCAUUUUGUGGGACAUUUUGAUGUGUAAGGAGUUGAAGACGUGGUCCAAUGACAGUAAACGUAAGCACGAGGAAACAAUUACUAAAGACUUUAUUGAGGAAAGAACAAAGCAAAUGGAUAAAAUUUAUCACCAAUUACAAACCCAAGAUACCUUAAGAAACUGGUGUGACGUUGAAAUCAAAGCAGGGAAACUAAUGGUGAUUCUACGUGAAUCAUGUCUAAAGAAUCUUGUGGAAAUUUACUAUGACGAGAUGAUCAAAGAUUAUCCGAUGUUGUCUGUUGGAAGUGAUAUGGCUAAAGUUGAUGCAGACGAUCGAUUUGCUAUCAUUAAGAUCAUACUCAAUUCCUUUUUCCACGAAUACUUGGCGGCAGAGUUGGAUUUCGAUAUCAGGCUUCGAGAAGAGUUACUCUUGAGAAGGAAAACAGUUAAAGGAUCCUCUGAUUCUCUUAGCAAGUUGAAUAGCAAGGAAAUAGAAGGGGAAUCAUCAUCGUUACGGAAGAAGCUUACUUUCAGCAAAUCCAAGGGACAAAGUUCUUCCCAUCAAGAUGUGGUGUCGGCCAAAUCGAGUGUUUGUGACAUACCACUAAGCGGAUCAGACGUUACGUUUCUAAAUGAAAUCAUUACAGCUAAUGUUAGUGGGACGAACUCCAAUGAAGUCAAUAUUCAUAAUAGCAUUCUUGAACAUAAACAAAAGUAUUGGGAGAAACUGAAAUCCAACAACAAGGCACUUGAUACUCUCUUGAUGCUUUAUUCCAAUGAUCCAAUGUUCAUAGCUUCAAAGCAAGAAAAAGGCUCCGAGGGUAACAAUAAUUACUGUCCCGUAAUUCCAUCUAAAUAUCUCCCAUCGAAUUUGGUGCUUACAGUUUUUGAAGAUGAUCCAACAUUGGGUAAUUUCCGUGAAGUAUGCAGUUAUACAUUGAAUGAAUUACAUAACAUAACCCAUGAAAUAAUCCGAAGCUUGAGACACAAUUUACCCUCUUGGCUAGUCCAACCUUUGCUUUAUGAUAAGUAUCCUCCUAUAGAGGUUACCCGGAUAUCGUUUCAAUUACUUGAAUGUAAUUAUUUACAACUUGCACCCAACAAAACCAUCCAGGGCAAAUCACAGAAGAAAAUCAAACGACUUCCUCAAAUUGAUGGGUCCCUCAAACUUACUUCACAUAGCAUGCUUCGAGUUCUGAAAAUUUUAGGAUAUGUUUGUGAAAAGUUUGAAUCCAAAACCAGUGAAAUGAGAGAUAAGAAAUUGGCUUAUGAAUGGUUGGCAUUGGAAUGUAAAGGACAGGAAUUACCACCUACCAUGACACUACAAACCAUCAAGACCAUAAUAUGGAAGUCAGGUACUGAUCUUGAGCUUAGAUAUCGUCGAAAAUUUGACUAA